AUGGACCGAAAGCUGGUUUCAGAUGUGGAGACGAAGGCUCUUCCGAAAGAUGAUGAUAGAAGCUGGCUCAGGGAUCCAGGUUUGCGAAAGUUGAAUUUGGGCAUUGCGUUCAUGUUCGCUUCGUCUGCUGGAACAGGAUAUAACGGGAGUUUGAUGAAUGGAUUGCUUGUACUGCCCAAAUUUUCCACGGUCAUCGGCGGUCUGGAUCCGAAUAUCCUCGGUCUUCUCAUCGCCGCUACCUCUCUCGGCGCGUUCAUAUCCUUCGUCCCAGCAUCCUACUGCGCCGAUAUCCUUGGUCGAAAAGCGUGCGUGGGAUUAGCAUCCGCGCUAGUGAUUGUAGCAUCUCUCGUUCAAGCCGCUGUGAACACUCACUGGGCAUUUUUUGGCUGUCGCGUUUUGGCUGGCGUUGGUGUGGGAGCUGCACAGACCGCUGCUCCUUUAUUGGCGACUGAGAUCGCCCAUCCCCGACACCGACAAACUGCCACCGCACUGUAUAAUGCUGCCUGGUGUGUAGGGUCUAUCGCCUCUGCGGCAGUUACCUUGGCCACCUUGUCCGUGCCUAGCACUUGGUCAUGGAAGAUACCCUGCAUGCUGCAAGCCUUCUUCCCCAUUGCUCAACUUAUUGGUCUGUGGUUUGUUCCUGAGAGUCCGCGCUGGUUGGUCUCUGAGGGAAGAAAAGAUGAGGCAUUGGCAAUUUUGGGAGAAUAUCAUGCCAAUGGAAAUUCGGACGAUGAGCUUGUUCAGCAUGAGUUCCAUCAGAUUUGCGUGAGUAUUAAUGUCCAGAACCAGCAGCCUGGAUAUUGGAGCACUUUUUUCUCGUCAAAGGGAGAUAUGCAUCGUCUUGCAAUCUGUAUAAUUUGUGGAUUCAUGCAGGAAUGGGCUGGAAACGGCAUUAUCUCUUACUAUCUUGCUCCUAUCCUUGCCUCCGUUGGCAUUACUCGUGCAUCGAGCCAAGGUGCAGUCAACGUGGGCCUCCAAGUGUGGAAUCUUGUUCUGUCCUCUGCAGGUGCCGUUGCAUCGGAGCGUUACGGCAGACGUAUCUUGUGGCUGCUAUCGACAGCAUUUAUGCUUCUCUUCCUGUCCUUGACAACCAUCGUAGCUGGCCUCUUUCAAGAGAAACAUAUUGCAGCUGCCGGCGUGGCUGUUGUACCAAUGCUGUUCCUCUUCUUUGCAGGAUUUGAUCUUGCCUAUUCACCUCUAUUCAUUGCCUACCCAGCAGAGAUUCUGCCGUUCCAACUCCGAGCCAAGGGCAUAGCUAUAACGUUAUCUACGGACGCUGUCGCGUGCUUCUUCAACCAGUACGUCAAUCCGGUCGCUUUCUCCGCUUUGCAAUGGAAGUAUUAUUUUGUUUAUGUGGGCUGUCUGGUGCUUUUCUUGGGACUGGCAUAUUUCCUCUUCCCAGAGACGAAAGGAAGAUCACUGGAGGAGGUGUCGAAGAUUUUCGAUGACAAAGAUCAAAUGGAAGACGUGAAAGAAAAAGACGGAGUGAAGAAUUAG